CCAGCAAGGAGGGGGAGUGCUCAGGCCUGCCGCAUACGAAUGCCUCGCUCGAUCAUCGCCUACAUGAACUCCCCCUCGGACCUCCCUCCCUGCUCCCAUAGACAACCUCAUAUGUCAUUCCCCGGCAGUAUGCAGCUGCCUUAGUAGCAGAUCAUGCCCCCCGCACCUCCCGAUGAGCAAGACACGCCGGACGAUGCCGCCCCUUCUACGCCCCGCAAAACCGAUCCUACCAAGAAUAACGACGGUGAAAAGCCGCCGACGGCACCCGUCGCCCGCAAGGCCGGCGGGACGGCUACACCCAGAAUCGCACCUACUGCUAGCGCCGCUCGUCAACGAUCAUCUAGUAGUCGGAGGCCAAACGAACCCCCCUCGCUGCUGACCGAUUUCCUCUUGGGCCGUCCGUCACCCCAGCGCAUCGCUGCGCAGCGACAACGCCGGCAAAGUCUCGAUGCCGUGAAGACCGAAAUGCGCCAAGCUGCCGUCCGGAAGCUUGAACAGCCUGGUGGCGUACGGGACCGCGUGAAGCAAUGGCAGAAGAAGAAUGCCGCCGCUAUAUCUCAAGGUGACCCGGCUGCUACCCCGAGCGAGCCAACAGAUAUCGCGAGCUUUCGGGGAGAGAUCGAGAGUGUGACAGAGGAAGACCGUGUGCGGAUCAAGCUGAGGCAAAAGAAAAGACCUCCAGCCAAGCCAAUUGUUCAUCAAAAUAACAAAGGCAGCAAUGAGGAGGAGGCGAACAAGAAAAACGAGCCGAACGAGGAUGGAGAGACGGGGGAAAAGGAGGGAAGUGCCAAUAUUCCUUCAGAUGCCGCACCCAUACGUCCGCGCUCACGCGGUCCACCGAAAAGGGUUGUCAGCGACACCAACUGGAUGGCGAAAAAGAACAAGAAGAACUCGAACUCGAACUCGAACUCGUCCAAAUCCCCGCUCAGGUACCAAAAGGAUACGAGCACCGGCCCCAAGCCCAUACCCAAAGACUUCCUUCAGCGAACCGCCGUUAAUCCGCCCGUCUCGAAGAAGGUUCAAGAAUGGGCAGCCAAGGUCGAGACCCCGGAACCCAGCCGUACGGCUAUGCGCCGUAAGACAAAAUCGAAAGACAUGGGUGAUGGCAUCAGGGUUAAGCCAGUCAAUUCUCCUCGAGAUGAUAGUAGUGUCUCGACAUCCAGAACAUCCCUUGUCCGAGACACUCUCGCAGAUCAAGAUACACGCGUUGAGCGGGGCCGAAGUAAAGGGCGAGAUGACGAUGGCAUUCGCGUGAAACCUAUCGAUCGCCGAUCCGCCAAUGACGAUGGCAUUCGCGUGAAACCCAUCGAUCAUCGCUCCGCCCAUGACGAUGGAAUUCGCGUGAAGCCCAUUGACCACCGCUCCUCCAAUGCCGAUGCCAGGGUUCGGCCGGAUCCCAGCAGUUCAAGUACUGUCAUUUCCGGCGACGGAACUGACUACCAGAGUGCAUCGGCGCAGCAGAAAGAACCACGUCAGCGUGGACCCGCCACCGAGCAUAGCGCUUCUCAAACUGAAUCAAUCAUCGUUAUGGGAGAGGGUGACUCUGACGGAGAUGGGACGAUCGAAGGAAGAGAAUUCUGUUUUGACACGCCAAAGAACCGACCGUCCCGUCAGAAGAACCGACGGCCGAGCAGACCCAAACCGCACGACGACAAGGCCCAUAGCGAUGACGCAUCGGAAGACCAAUCUUCCGUAAGCAGUGAUCAGUCCGCCGCGAGGACCGCCUUCGACAGGUCCGAGAUAUCUUCGAGCAUUCUCACGAGCGCAGUUGGCGCCAAGUCGCUUGCGGACAUCCCCGUUGGCUAUUCGGCCUUUAGCGAACUUGAUCUUUCGACGGGUUCGAAGGGCGUGAAGCGCUUCAAAGCGCAACGUAACCCCAGCUUUAGGGCUGUCCCUAACGUCUUCAAGAAGGUGGUAACAGGGGGCAAAAAAAUACUUCAAGACGCUGUCGAGCCCCCGAAGCCGGUGGUCGCGAACAAUCCUCCCAGUAUCGAGAACUGGCUCAGUGGUACCAUCGAUCCCUUUGUCGAAAAGGCGAACGUUCCUGAACUUGCGGCCUCGAACAGGAAUUCCCGGGAGCGUGAGAGAGUCCGAGAUGUUGACUCCCACAAGCAGCGCUCGGCGGAGACGGGGCACCCGGCGCCUCGGCCUCCUGUGAAGACAGAGCUCGCUAGAGACGAGGUUGAAAGUGUCACAGAAAUAACCGAAAUAACAGAGACGACAGUCUUGUCAGAAUCUACAGCGGCUCCUUUCAGAUCCACUGACACUGCGACUCCGGUAAAGACACCAGCCUCGGCGGGACUGAAGAGGAGAACUGCCACUCGGGCCACCUCAUCUCCUUUCAAGGCUGCGAACAAAAAGCCAUUCAAAGAAGUUCUCAAGGAAGCCUUUAUGGGCGAGUCUGAAGCCCUUAAGUUUACUCCUAAACGAUAUCCCAGCUACGAAACCAGACCCGAUCCAUCUUACGACAGCUACAGUGACGAUGAUUAUUCAGAGACCCAACGUGAUCGUUGGAGCUCUUCCGGAUCCAGUGGGAGCUGGACCCGCGACCCCCCAUCAACACUCCGAGACGAGAGGACGGAUCAUGCGGCGGGAAUCCGAAGGCGACCCCCGACGAACGGGACACAUGAGCUUUCGACCAUCGUCGGCUCUGCCGCAGGCUAUAGCACCCAGGAGUCCGACAUGACAUCCCAUGUUUCCGACACCACCGUUACACAAUCCACCGCCCUUACGAAGGAGUCGGGUGUCUCGCGGCGGCGGAGCGAAAAAUCAACCUCUGGUCUAAAGAGGAGGUUGACAAAGCAUUCUGACUUGGUAUCCAUGCUCUCUCUGCCCGACGAUAAUCAUGUGCCUCAGGUGCUCAAGCAAGUCAAGUCACGACCUAGCUUUCGAGGGGCUAGAUCUCGCUCGAACUCGAUCGGCGUGGAUGACCUUCUCCAGGAAUUUGCAGACGAUGAGAAUCUCUAUCAGAGAGAACUGAAGACACUUGUUGAUGGCAUUAUUCCCGUCUUACUGACAACGGUGCUACAAGGCGACGCACAAGUCUCGUCGACUCUCUUCUGGCCUUAUUAUUCGAAAAAGAUGAUCGACUCCUUAUCCAAGGCUGUGGUAACUAUGGGAGUUGCGUUGGAGAAGCUGAAAAACGCCCACAGGAGGGCACCUCACUCCGAUGUGAACCGGCUCAUCAAAUGGAUGCAGGAGGUGGUUCCGAUAUACGACAGCUACUUGGAUGCUUGGCGUUUGGGCUUCCAGGACCUAAUAGUCAACCUGCUUCCUGCAGCGGGUCGCCUGGAUGAUGAAGACUCCCUUAUCGGCGCCCUUCCGCGCAACGAGGAUGGAGAUGUUGUGAAUGAGAACGGGGAGAGGGUCGACGUGGCUCACCUCCUGAAGCGUCCCUUGCUUCGGAUCAAGCUGUUGACCAGGUGGGCUAAGGGUGUGCACGUUCUGUUGUCAUCGUAUGAGACGCUCGCCUUAUCCGGAGAUUUUGAAAUCUUGCAAGAGAAGGCUCGCCGCCGCUACAAAGAAGAGACAGCCCGCCUUGCGGAUGAAGACGCGGCGAAUACCGAUACGACGAGAACCCGCGACCUCCGGACUCUAGCCCCUAUUGAAUCCGUCGAGAUCGAUUCAACCAGACAGGUCAAUGCCAAAGACCUCUUCUCGCUCAACUUGGCCCACUCUACCGGACAACGAUUGGAGUGUCAGGUUGAAUUGAUCCACCGGGAUAAUCCUGCUAAGCCCAAUGACAAAGGAGACGUGCUCAUCCGGGAGACAGGCGACGGGCGCCGGACAUGGCUCUUAUUCCCCCCAGCCCCGUGGUCGGCCGUUUCAGCUCGCCGAGGAGAUGCGAAGUUCGAGCUGUUGAUUAUGAUUCAGGGAAGCCACAAUGGCAACCCUUGGUACGAACUCCUCAGCCUUGUCACCGACGACGAUGAGCAAGUGUUGGACUGGUUGGAUAUUCUAUCCACAACCCCUGUGCCGCCUCAACACCCGGCUCCGACCCAGUCAAUGGACCCAUCGCCCUCAACAUCGUCACCUGUCCCCACAGAUGCAGUCGUUCCAGUAGGCGGUCGACUGCAACAAGCCAGUCCUGCUUCGCCACGGACACGUUCACCCGAUCCUGGAGCUGCGACUCCGGCGAAGCCGCCUAAGGCUAGUCGCUACCACAGUCGAGGCACCAACUCUCCCUUGAGCCAAUCAACGUCUUCACCACAAUCGCCUACCCGAACGAGAGAAGCCACGUCGACGCAAGACUUUUACGAGGAUGGACAGAAAAGGCGAUCGCUACGUGAGAGCGUAUCUGUUGAUGCUUCGUCUCCCGAGAAGUCCGUAUCAAAAACCACACCCUGCCGCGAUGACGGCGCACCUCCCCCACCAAUCCACCGCACCCUAGGCUCCAGGGGACCACCACCCCCUGUCGAGCUUCCGAGCCCACACAUUAAGCGGCGGACUUCUUCGCCGCUAAAAAAUGAAUACCUCCCAUCCGAUCAUUCAUCUGUAACGGACGGCUCACUGACAGCGGACUCCGAAACCGAAUCGUCCGAGGACGAACUGGAGAGCACAGGCAUCCCCGAAACUGAGCUCGGGAUCAGCAUCAAAGAAGCCGGGCCGAAUUCUGGAAGGACCUCGGCCCACCCAGACUCCCUGUUACCUGAGUCCGAGUGCAGCUUGACUCCUUCCAACUCGGCCUCCCAAGCCGGCCUCCAUGCUCCCAAAGCAAAUACUCCAGAGGGCUACGCGAAAUAUAUUGCCUCUGUAUCUUACUGGUCUGACAAGAAAGGCAUUUGGAAGGAGAUAUCGGCGGAUCCCUGCUCUGUCGUAGUUGGCCCGGGUAUCGUAGAGGCCCAUGUCCUCCUUGCCAACAAACCCAAACCCGGCGUUGGGGGGGACACGUCUGACCAUCUCAAGCCGCUCAUUGCGCUUGACUUAACGCCGUUGGUGCUUUUACGACAGUCCACCGUGGUCGACCUUGAGAUUCGCUCGGCCGUCCAGGACCACUGCCAACACAAGAACCUCGGAGGCGGAAACUUCCGCUUCCGUUGCCCCUCCAGCUCGGAAUGUUACGAUCUUUACAUGGCCGUGCAUCACGCGCGACUGAACAACCAGAAAUUCAUCCAGCUAGAGAACGAUGCUCGGUUCAAGCAGUUUGGAGAAAGGCCCGGCGGCGGCAAUGGGGGCGACGACAAUAGCAGCAGUCAGCGUCGUGGUUGGUUUGGUCGCAAGAAUAGCUACCGCGCCUCAACACGUGCCCCGUCCCGGUCACAGGAGGGAGGAAGCGUUGCGCCCUCCUCUAGCAUCUCCGCCGCGAGCUUCCUCAAGCGGCUGACGGGCAACGGUAAUCUAUCGUUCAACAUUGCGCGCUCCUCCGUCGACAAACAAGCUCUAUUUGGGGGCGGCAGUGGCAGCAACAGCCUAUACACGUCCGGGUCUUCCUCGUCCGGCAACGGGGCUUUCCCUCGCUCGCCGUCUGUUAGCAUGUACUCCUCCGCGCGUACGGGUGGAAACGGGCAGCCUCUGUCUUCUGACAACAUCCGCAUCAGGCUGCACCUGCUCGCGACGCCGACAAAGUGGGAAGACUACGGCAACUGUGUACUGCAGAUUCGCCGCCCGCCGCCGGGAUGGCGUCAGGAGCUACGCGCCAACCACGGCCUGGAGAAGCGCAUCACUGUCACUACGUCGCCGCGAAAGGAACAGGAGAAGGCGCGCGUUGUCCUUGAUGCUGUUCUCGGAUCGGGAUGCUUUACGCCCAUGGGAUCGCGCGGCAUCAUCUGUGGCAUCUGGGAAGAGCUACGUGGAGAGAAUGGCGAGGUGGGCAUAGUCCCUGCUACCGGUGGUGCUGGAGGUUCCAUCAAGAAAUGGUGCUUCCAAUGUGCGAGCGUGGCAGAAGCUUCAUGGGUGUUGCGACUGGUUCAUCAGGAGGUCAUCAGGGGGUAACAAGACCGGCCAGCUCUCGAUGACACCAGUUCAGAACCGUUCAUCAACUCUUUCCCUUUGUCGUUCUUUUUUCUUCUUUUAUUUUCUUUUUCCUUUUCCCCGCCCCCUUCCCCCCUUCUUUUUUCUUUCCCCCCAUCUCUCCCUCACGUACAGAGUCAGCUCCUGGACACUGUCCGCGUCUGCAACUUUCUUCCGGGUUUAUCAGCCUUUUUUUUUUGUGUUCAGCCUUUUUCGCUUACAGUAUUUAGUUGACUUCUGGUUUUCUGCAUCUUCUCUUGAGAUCCAGGCAUACUUGAGGAAGUCGGGAUUUCUCUCAUUUGGGCAGUGGUUUUUCUUGUUGUUUAUGCUGAGGUGAAUGUGGAAAUAGGCGGGAGUACGUCAAGG